AUGGCUUUGGUGGUGAGAGUUUUCUUGGCUGUGGUGCUGGUGGUGAUGGCUGCUCUGAAGGUAUCCCAUGCAGCUGUUCACAAGGUGGGAGACUCCGCCGGGUGGACCACCAUUGGCGGUGUCGACUACAAGAAGUGGGCUGCCUCUAAGACUUUUCAUGUUGGUGAUGUUAUCAAGUUCGAGUACAAUUCUCAAUUUCACAACGUAAUGCGCGUUACACACCCCAUGUACCAGUCAUGUAAUGCCACAGUCCCCUUGGACUCCUAUGCCACUGGAAACGACACCAUCACAAUCACCACCAAAGGCCACCACUUCUUCAUCUGUGGAAUCCCCGGUCACUGCCAAGCCGGCCAGAAGGUCGACAUCAACGUGCUCCGCCAUCCUUUGGCGGCAGCUCCAACUCCUGCAUUAGCCUCUCCUGCUGUUCCUGUUGCCCAUGUACCGGCAGCACCAGGUCCCAACAUGGCUGCUCCAGUAAAAUCUGUGAAGGGGCAGUUUGUUGUGCUAGGGUUGGCAAUUGCAACACUUGCUGUUCUUGUUUCUGGUCUUGCUUAG